AUUACGUUUAGGGUUUCUUUCUCCCCUCUCUCUCACGCUCCGCUUGGCUCUCACCCCCUUUAUUUUCUCUCACUCUCUCUCAUUUUCCCUUAUUCUUUCUUUCCGUGCUCCGUGUUCGUACUUUUCUUAUCGUCCAAACAGAUCUUUGCCUUGAUAAACCUUUCCAAUUUCUUGCAAAUCCCACCAAUUCGACUCCUUUCUUCCACGAAUCCUUUAUUUAUUAAUCUUUAAAUUCCGUCUUUACCUCCAAUGCAGCACGCCAAUUCGGACCAGAAUGCCCCUGAAUCGGCUGAAAACCCCGAAAAGUCCGAAACCUCAAAACCCCCAAAACCCGCUUUGAUCGAUAACGAUUGCAAUAGUAAUGUCGAGGACGAGGCGGUUCUCGACGUGUCUGGGAAAAGCUUGGAAAUUUCGUCGUUGGAGAGCUCAAACGACGACGUGGAGGGGUUGUACUUGUACAAAAACGUGUUCAAUUUGAUACCCAAAUCGCUGGGUCGUCUCGGGCGGCUGAGGAGGUUUAAGUUCUUUGGGAAUGAGAUCAAUUUGUUUCCAUCAGAGUUGGAGAAUUUGCUCGGGUUGGAGUGCUUGCAGGUGAAGAUAUCGUCGCCGGGGUUUGGUGGGUUGCCGCUGCGUAAGCUGGAGGGUCUCAAGGAGCUUGAGCUGUCCAAAGUGCCGCCUCGGCCUUCGGCGUUCCCGAUACUGAGCGAGAUCGCUGGGCUUAAGUCCUUGACCAAGCUCUCUGUUUGCCAUUUUUCUAUUCGAUACCUUCCCCCAGAAAUUGGCUGCUUACAUAAUUUGGAGUAUCUAGAUCUUUCAUUCAAUAAGAUGAAGAGUUUGCCAACUGAAAUAACUUAUUUGAAUGCCUUGAUAUCGUUAAAAGUUGCUAAUAAUAAAUUGGUGGAACUCCCUCCUGGUUUGUCCUCUCUGCAAAGGUUGGAGAACUUGGACCUCUCAAAUAAUAGGCUGACAUCAUUAGGGUCUCUUGAACUUGGCUCAAUGCGUACCCUUCAAAAUUUAAAUAUACAGUACAAUAAGCUUCUCAGUUGUUGUCAAAUACCUUCAUGGAUAUGCUGCAAUUUGGAAGGAAAUGGUAGAGAUGCAUCCAAUGACGAUUUCAUCAGUUCUUCAGUUGAAAUGGAUGUGUAUGAAACUGCCAUGGAAAAUGAUGGAAGCCUUUCUUGUAAUGGUUCUCGGCAUACCUCAUCUACUCCAUUGACUGUGUCAUCAUCAAACAAUCGGUGUUUCGCAGCUCGUAGGUCAGGCAAGCGGUGGAAACGUCAGUAUUAUUUGCAGCAGAAAGCUCGUCAAGAACGUUUGAACAACAGCAGAAAGUGGAAAGGUGUAGAUUGUGACAAGGUGUUAACUUUGAAAGCGGAUGAAAAUGUCAAAUGCAGUGACUUAGAUCUCCUUGCCUCUGAAACUUCUGUAGAAGUUGCUUCAGACAUUGUAGGUGUGGAUAAUGCUGAUAAUAAACUAACUGUUUCUGGAGAAGUCGAAAGUGAAAAUUUGCUUGAUGGUGCAGAGGAUAAUGAAAUUGGUUUGAAAAAUGGAUUUCAUGUAGAAAAUUGCUCAUGUGUUGACCUUGACUCUGCUACUAUAAGAAAAAGCGGUGAAAAUGAAUGUUGUGAGUGUCAUGUAUCUCUGGCCUCCGCACUGAAUGGAGCUGGCCAGGAAGAUGAAGGUUCAUCAGUAGAAACAUUGAAAAGUGUGUCCAAGUCAAAGAGGCAUUAUGAUAGGGAUCUUGAUAAUCCUAAACCAUGCAAGUCUCGGAAACCAGCUGAUGAUUGCUCAAAUUUGUCUUGCAAGUACAACAAUAUCUCGAUUUGUGGCAUUGAGGAUCGUCUACCAGAUGGUUUCUAUGAUGCAGGGCGUGACAGGCCCUUCAUGUCAUUGAAUAAUUACGAUAAAAACUUGCAUCUUGAUUCUCGUGAAGUCAUUCUUUUGGACAGGGAGAGGGAUGAAGAGUUAGAUGCAAUUACACUUUCUGCUCAAGCAUUGGUGUCUAGUUUGAAGCAAUUAAAUGGUUUAACCAGAAAUAGGGAUCCUGCUGUUGAUGUCUUGCAGAUUGCAUCAUUGCUUGCUCUUUUUGUAUCAGAUCAUUUUGGAGGUAGUGACAGAGGUGCUAUUGUUGAAAGGACGCGGAAAGCUGUAUCUGGCUCGAACUAUCAGAAGCCUUUUGUUUGCACCUGCUCAACUGGAAACAGUGACAAUGUUGAUACAACCACCAAAGCUGUAGUGGACACUGUUGAAGAUAUUAUACUUUCUGAUCUCUGUGAGAAAUCCAUCCGUUCUAUUAAAGCAAGACGAAAUUCCAUCAUAGUUCCUAUAGGGGCUCUGCAUUUUGGUGUGUGCAGACAUAGAGCACUGCUUAUGAAGUUCUUAUGUGAUCGGAUGGAGCCUCCUGUACCUUGUGAGCUUGUCAGGGGUUACCUGGAUUUCUUGCCGCAUGCAUGGAAUAUUGUUCCCAUCAAGAGGGGUGAUUCAUGGGUUCGCAUGGUCGUUGAUGCAUGUCGUCCACAUGAUAUAAGAGAUGAGACAGACCCAGAAUAUUUUUGCAGAUACAUUCCUCUCAGGCGGAUCCAAGUUCCUCUUUCAAGUGAAAGCCAAUUAGGUGCUGAUUGUUCCUUUCCCUUUAUGUCUAAUUGUGACGAAAUCGAUAAGGCAUCUUCUAGUUCUCUCAUUCAGUGCAAGUUUGGAUCCGUUAAGGCUGUAGCAAAGGCACGUAGGUUGGAAGUGUGUUCAAGUUCAGUGGAUGAAUCGAGAAAUUUUGAGUACAGUUGUUUAGGGGAAAUAAGGAUUUUAGGAGCUUUGAGACACUCCUGCAUAGUAGAAAUGUAUGGGCAUCAAAUAUCUUCCGAGUGGGUUCCUUCAGUGGAUGGAAAUCGAGAGUGUCGUGUGCUAAAGUCUGCAAUAUUCUUGGAGUACAUAGAAGGGGGAUCUUUAAAGAGUUAUUUAGAGAAGCUAUCAAAAGCUGGUGAAAAGCAUGUCCCGGUGAAGUUGGCAUUGUGCAUCGCAAGAGAUGUUGCCUGUGCCUUGGCAGAGCUGCAUUCUAAACACAUUAUUCAUCGUGACAUAAAAAGUGAAAAUAUUUUGAUUGAUUUGGAUAGGAAGAGAGCUGAUGGAAUGCCUGUUGUGAAGCUCUGUGAUUUUGAUAGAGCAGUGCCUCUUCGUUCUUUCUUGCAUACAUGCUGUAUUGCUCAUUUUGGAGUACCCUCUCCUGAUAUUUGUGUUGGGACACCCCGUUGGAUGGCUCCAGAGGUUCUGCAGGCAAUGCACAAAUGUAAAACAUAUGGACUGGAAGUUGAUAUUUGGUCAUUUGGCUGCCUGCUUUUAGAAUUGUUGACUCUUGGAAUCCCCUAUCUUGGGUUAUCAGAAUUACAAAUGCAUGACCUUAUUCAGAUUGGCAAGCGACCAUCAUUGACAGACGAGCUGGAGGCAUUUGGGUCAUUCAGUGAGCCUGCAAUGGCUCAAUCUGGUGCUGAGCUAGUGGGAUCAGAGGCCGAAUUAGAAACAUUGAGAUUCCUUGUUGAUUUAUUCCGUCGUUGUACCGAGGAAAGUCCAAAAAACCGCCCCACAGCUGAUGACCUAUAUGAAAUGUUGCGUCUACGUACAAGCAAUCUUACCAGUUCCGAAUGAUAGGAGCGGGAGUGGGAUGGCCGUGGGUGAUAAUCUCCUUCAACUUACUAAGUUUUGUAGCAGUAGGAUACCUUAUUGUUAUAGUCACUUCUGUGCUUCUCCACUGCCAAAACCCAAUGAGUAAUGCAAUUCAUACAGGAACGAUUAUGGUUUGUCCAAAGAAUAAUUGUAGUUUUACUGGUUAGGUUUUAGCACCCAUUACUUGUCAGAAAAAGGUUUUAGCACCCACAGUAAUUUAUGUUUCUCUACCAGCAGCGUCCAGGGUUAGAUUUAGCAUCUGUAACCUGAAUUCUUUCUUUUUUUUGUUGUUUUUUUUUUUUUUUAUCUUUUCCUUUUCCUUUUUGGGCCAGUAACAUGUAAUCUGAUUGAGAGCUGUAAAUUCUGUUGGUAGUUCUGUUCUUGAGUCGUGCAAUUCUUAGCCGUCAUUGGAACUGUCCCAUAUGUAAGUAGACCUCACUAAAUUAUAGAAGCAUCCCCAUUUUUGAUUUGUCA